UACUUUAUAUGCGAUUACAUUAUCGUGACGACUUAUAGAUACAAUCUCAGCAAACUGGCACUGACAUUGACUGACCAUGAGAGUGCCAUUCGUCUCUGCAAUAUUGUGCUGCCAGAUCUAGUUUCUCGACUACCCGAUUGCAGCUCUAUAGUACCCUCAGCUGUAGGCUCGGAUACCGAACUAGGCUCAAUAAGUAACCAAAGCCGCUUACUUUCCAACAUCCGUCUACUUCUGUCUGAAUUAUUUGGUCCUAACGCCAGCGAUUGGAGCGUUAGGCUAGCCGAGCUGCGUGUCCAGGUAGCUGUUGUCCAGACGGCAGGACUCCUCUACCCAACAAGGCCAGAUCACAAAUCAUCGUCUCUCCAUUCGCCGAUCAAUCAAUCUCACCAUGAUGAAAACAAAGACCAUGACUUCGUGUCGUCAUCUGCACCUCACGAUCGGGUAUGUCACGCUCUUGAGCAAAUCAGUGCUGCUGUGACUGAUUGUAUAUCAGAGCUUGGCCUUGUCUCAGGGGCUCGAGGAACUGCUGCGAUGACGGUAGCAAGUGUACACGCUGGGUUGCUAACUGCCGGACUUCAAUGCGUCCAACAGCAUGUCGCUGACAUGCUGCUCCUUCCUUUCGCCUAUGCGGAUAACUUGGUUAGUAAAACUACACUUCUUUCAUAUCUUUAUGUUUUUUCUAUCUUCUGUUGUCCUGGGGCUUGUUAA